AGUUAAACAACAACAGUUUAGAAAACAAAAAAACAGGAAAAAAACAACCGCAUUAUACAGUAGUACCACACCCCCUUCUCCUUCUCCUUCUCCAACAUUUUUAUCAAGAACAGUCUUACUCAUUCAGUACUCAACCCAUCUGUUUUCUUCUCCUCCAUCUCUGUCUUUCUCUCUCUCUGAUCUGCUUGUGUGGAAAAUUAAAGAGGUUGUUCUUGAGCUUUCGAUGGCUCUUAUGUUAGAUAAUUGUGAGGGAAUCUUACUCUCUUUAGACUCCCACAAAUCAGUCCCAGCUCCAUUCCUCACCAAAACCUACCAACUUGUAGACGAUCCCAACACAGACCACAUAGUUUCUUGGGGCGAAGAUGACACUACCUUUGUGGUUUGGCGGCCGCCUGAGUUCGCUCGCGACCUCCUCCCCAACUACUUCAAGCACAACAACUUCUCCAGUUUCGUCCGACAGCUCAAUACCUAUGGUUUUCGAAAGAUCGUACCAGACAGAUGGGAGUUUGCGAACGAGUUUUUCAAGAAAGGGGAGAAGCACUUGUUAUGCGAGAUCCAUAGAAGGAAAACUGCUCAGCCACAAGUAGCCCUCAACCAGCAUCAUCAUCAUCAACACCACCCGCAUUCUCCACUCGGCGUCAAUGUCCCUAGUUUCUUCCCCUUUCAAGGCCGAGUUAGCAUAUCCUCCUCCGAUUCGGACGAGCAAGCCAAUUGGUGCGACUCGCCCCCACUCUCUUCCCCAAGAGGAGGAAGCACCGCCGGAGUCUCAUUCGUUGGCGCUAACUACAACAGCACGGUGACGGCGCUCUCGGAGGACAAUGAAAGACUCAGACGAAGUAACUCUAUGCUAAUGUCUGAGCUCGCGCACAUGAGGAAGCUUUACAACGAUAUCAUAUAUUUUGUGCAAAAUCAUGUAAAGCCUGUGGCUCCAAGCAAUUCUUACCCUUCCUCUUUACAUCUUUGCAACCCACCCGCAGCAACGGCCACUCCAAUUACUACAAAUAGUCCAAUGGUGCAAAAGCCUUUGAACCAGAUUCUUGGGUACUAUCCGACUAACCCUAAGCAAGCCCCUUACAGUACCCAUGCUAUCAACUCUCCAAGCAGUACUACCUCAAAGAGUUCAGUGACGAUUCUUGAAGAACCCAACAGCAAUAGCUGCAAGACUAAGCUGUUUGGGGUGCCUCUUCAAUCGAAGAAAAGAUUGCACGCUGAGUAUGUUGCUAACCCAACGAACAUGGAAACUAGUAUUAAGGCUCGUUUAGUCUUGGAAAAGGAUGAUUUAGGCUUAAAUCUCAUGCCUCCUUCAGCAUGUUAGCUAGCUUCCUCGAAUCUAGGCUCUUUAUUCACUUUCUUUUCCUUUGUUUGAUUUAUUUGAUUUUUAAUUUUUUUGCUUAAUUUCGAGUCUGAAAGUCUGGAGAUAUUAAUAUUUGAUGAUAUGUGUGCGCGUGCGUGUGGGUGUUUGUGAGUGAGUUCGUGUAUAUAACUUUAGUGCCGGUAUUAUCUUUGUUCCCCCCCAACCAUAAAUGCAGGUGGGUUUUGGUUAGAGUGAAAGAUCAAAGAGAUCACCAAUGCCAUCUUUUUCUUUUGGGCAUUCUUCA